CCCUACUAAUCCCAGCAAACCAUGAAUCUAGGUCGAACAGCUGGGCCGGCCGCAGUGCGCAUCUCCAAUAACCCAAACUUCCUGUAUGCAGUAUAUAUGCAGUUAGUGUCGAUUGUUGUGAAACCAGUUCUACUAUGACGAAAACCAAAUAAGUGAUAACAGAAAAUGACUUGCCUCAACGAGUGCACCACCAUAAUCAAACUAAUCAACUUUAAUCAAAAAGACUUCGUUUCCUAUCCAAUAAUAAGACUGGUCGGACUGGUGGAAUCUUCCCACUCCCGAAAUUGCUUAAUUAACGAUGACCACUUAGAACUUUUCCUAGAAAAUAAGAAUCUUCCAGAUGCCAAUAAAACACCGAUCAAACUAAAACAGGGAAAAUUCAAAGUUUUUCUGGAACUCCAAGAGGGUUGCAAUGAGUUUGUUGUACACGAUGCCCUACAGUCUUUACCGAUUACAUUGGAGUAUCGUCCUGUCAGAUCUGAAUUUACUGUGAUGCCUUUGUAUGUGAUAUGUGAGGGACAUGAUGGGUUUUUCCAAGCUCCUUCUAAUGAGAAGAACAACAUUGAUAGUGCCUGCAAGAGAAUCCAGCUAUGCUCCAAGCUGCUGCAAUGCUUCACUGCUGAAAAGCUUUUGGAAAAUGGCUUAGGAAGAAGAACCUUCUUUCUGGAAGAGACGUGCCAAAUAUUUAGGAGUAAUGUGAACUAUCAGGAAGCCAGGAAAAUGAGCCAAGAAGAGUUAUGGGAAACUAUUGGUAGGGAUAUCAUGAAUUCUGAGCUGGCCUCCCCCAAUAGAAAAUACUUGGCCUUUCUCUCUUGCACCAACUAUAAAGGGGAUCAGUACUCUGAACAUUUGAAAAGCCAUGAAGACUUAAUCAAUAUUACUGAGGCCUAUGUGGCACUGGGGGGAGGUGGUUUAGCCCUAUUCGGAUCAGCUUGCUUGUACACUUGGCCAGAGCAUUUUUCAGAAGUCAUUUCAAGGUUUGAAGAUAAAACUCUGGUUGAUAAGACUCAGUUCUUAGACGAUAGCUGCUACAGAGGAACUCUUGGAGCCUGCUUCUCAACCACUUUAGGGUCAGUUCUGCAUGAACUGUAUCAUACUUUCAAUCUGGGCCACACGGAAACUGGGGUUAUGGGACGAGGUUUUGAUAAUAUUAGUAAAUUUUUCACCCUGGAGGAUCAGCUGGAGGUUACGAAAAGCUUCCAGAACCCCAUAGAGUUUAGGGAGGAGUUUGAGUCUGAUAAACUCUCCGAAAGGUUAAGCAAUGAAUACAAACGAAAAGACUUUCAUGUGAUAAAGAAGUUCGAGGAGAAUGAUUGGACUAUUUUGACCAAGAGCUGUGCAGUUAUAUUGGCUUAUCAUAAGUGGUUUAACAAUUUUUCCAGUAGUGCCAACUUCACAUUGACUUUUGACGCUUCCAACAAUUUUAUCAGAUCAACGGCAGGCAUUAGGGUGGUGGAAGUUAGAAAGCAGCCAGACGAACUGAUUUUGAAUGAGUGGACUUUUGAAGGCAAAGUCUUGAAGUACUCAUUUAGGGUUCCUGAUGAAGCAUUUAGUGAAAAACUUCCAAUUAUGCUUUUCGUUGAGGACAACUUUGGGAAUAUUUUAAAGCAAUCUGUUAAGAGUUUGUUAGAAUAAGUUAGACUGUAGUUGUAGAUAUUUUCUAGAUAAAUGGAUAUUUUUAGUAUGCAGAUCAGAAGUUCUUUAAAUUAAAUAAAGUGUUUAGAUAUUUUCUA